AGGAGGAGUCCGCAGUGAUUUUGGCUCAAGCCCUAUCUGGCUCAAGCCUCUGACCGCCUUCCGCACUCGGCGCCUCGACCCGCCAGCGGUACACUGCCGCGGCUCGCGGAAGUCCGGACCCCAGACAUGGAGGACGUUUUCGCAGAGGCGCCGUCGGGCGGCCCCCCGCUGCAGCGCACGAUGUCCUCGUUCUCGCUCGGCUCCAAGAACUCGAAGGGCACGCAGGUGUCGGACUCGGACCAGAGCCUGGCCACGCACAGCACCCAACUCUCUGGCAAGAACGAGAAGUGGAACUACCUUUUCAAGGAAUCGGAGGAGGUUUGUAAGCCCGUUGACAGUGGCUGCCUGACGAACGACGAGCGCAAGAUCACUGUGAGCAAGGAUGGUGUUGUGGCGUUUCCUCCGCAGCUGAACAAGAUCAGGUCGGGCAAGCCGAACUUGCUGCGGACCACUCGCUUCACCUGGAUGACCUGGAUUCCGCUGAGCCUCAUGCAGCAGUUCAGGCGCGUGGCGAACGUAUACUUCCUCUUCAUCUGCGUCAUCGUCGUCUUCCCGUUCUCUCCGAAGGCGUGGCACAGCAAGCUGGGGCCCUUCUUUCUCGUGCUGCUGUGGACCGCGUGCAAGGACAUGUACGAGGACCUGCGCAGGCGCCGCGACGACAAGGCCGAGAACUCCCAGCCCGUGUGGCGUUUUGCAAAGGGCAAGAACGGCAGCAAGGACAAGUUCGAGCAGAUCACAUGGAAGGAUGUGCUGGUGGGAGACGUGCUAUACAUCCAGAAGGACCACGCCUUCCCGUCAGACACCCUCCUGCUUCACCCCGCGGGAGGAUCCGAGUGCUUCAUAUCCACGGUGAUGCUGGACGGCGAGACGAGUCUGAAGGAGCGCAGCGCGCCCAGCGUCUUCGAGGCGCUCAGCCGCGAGUGCGGCAAGAAGAACGACAAGUGGCUGGCGAUGCAGGCCGAGAAGGAUGCGUCCAGCCCCGCGAAGAAGCGCAUGCCUGCUGCAUCGGCCGGCGACGGAGACACGGCCGAGACGCUGGACGGAGGAGUGCCCGCGCGCUCCAACUCGGUGGAUGUGGAGGGGGAGGCCGGUCGCAGCUGGAAGGAGCUGGAGCCCGAGAUGCUCAAGUACCUCGCCAUGAUGUGCCAGGUCGGCUUUGACGUCAAGCUGGCGGCGCCCACGGCCGCCCUCAGUGACGUCCGAGGCGCGAUCCACAUGCGGAGCGAGGACGCCGCCUCGGGCUCGACCAAUGUGUGCCCGUUCGGGGAUAUAAACUUCCUGCCCCGCGGUUGCACCCUGAAGAACACGCCCUGGGUGCUCGGCAUCGCCGCCUACGCGGGGGACGACUCCAAGGUCCGGAUGAACGCGAUGCGGGGCCGCGUGAGCAAGUUCUCCAACAUGCAGGUGAACUUGAACCGCGUCAUCACUGGGUUGCUCGGCUUCCUCUUCUUCUUGUGUCUUGCGGCCACGAUCGUGUACACGGCAGGUCAGGGUUCCAUCGCCGAGAAGACUGGCGAUAAAGAUGCACUGCCUGAUAGCCCCAUCCACCCCAUCAUCAUGUUCCUGCGAUUCACCAUCAUCUUCUACCACAUAGUGCCGCUCAGCCUGUACGUGGUCUACGAGAUGCUGAAGCUGUUCCUCGGCUACCUCCUGCAGGCCGACAAGCAGAUGGUCGACCCCGACACCGGCGAGGCCGCGCUCCCGCGGACCGCCGACCUGAUGGAGGAGAUGGGGCAGAUCAGCUUCAUAUUCUCGGACAAGACGGGCACCCUGACUCGCAACGAGAUGGUCUUCGCGCAGUGCGACAUCAACGGCGUCGACAUGGGCGAAUUCCGCGGCGACGACGCCCCCGGCCUCCGCAGGGCCAAGCAGCUGCUCAGCAGCGCCCAGCCCGCAGAGGGCGAGGACCUGAUGUUCCACAAAGUGGUGGACUUCUUCACGUGCCUCGCGGUCUGCCACAGCGUCGUGCGGGAGAAGCGGGUGAGCCAGAAGGAGGCGGAAGCGGCUGCUCCGCCGGAGGCCUCCAGCAAGGCCGCGCUUGGCAAGGACGCGCCGACGCACGAGGUGGUGGCCGAGGUUGGGGAGCAGGGUUCCGUGGCGGUCUACUCUGGGGCCUCGCCGGACGAGGUUGCGCUGGUGAACGCGGCCUGCAAGGCGGGCAUAGAGUUCAAAGGGCGCAAGCGCAAGUAUGCGGGAUCCUCGUCCGAGCUGACCGUGCGGGGGCCUGGCGCGAAGGAGCGCGUGUUCGUGCAGCUCUUCGAGCUGCCCUUCAGCUCGGAGCGCAAGCGCAUGUCCGUGAUCGUGAGGCACCGGGGCGACAUCUGGUGCAUCACGAAGGGGGCGGACGCGGUGAUGGAGCCGCUGCUGCGGGAGCCGCUCGGCGCAGACACCCAGACGCACCUGAACGCGUACGCGGCGAAGGGUCUCCGCACGCUCGUCGUCGCGAUGAAGAAGGUCAGCCAGGAGGAGUGGGAGGCGUGGAGCGAGGAGUACGUCGCGGCCAGGGAGGUCAUCAACACCACCAAGGAGUCGGGCAUGGCAGCUGUGGCGGCGAAGAUCGAGAAGGGGCUAAAGUUCAUCGGCAUCACCGCGGUGGAUGACCGGCUUCAGGACCAGGUGGCCGAGACCAUCAGCCUGGUGAAGGAGAUGGGCAUCCGCUUGUGGGUCCUGACCGGUGACAAGACCGAGACCGCUGUGGACAUCGCCAAGUCUUGCAGCCUCUUCACAAGCUCCACGACUCUGGCCUACGCCGUGAAGGGCUCAAGCGCGAAGGACUCCGAGGACAAGCUGCUCAAGGCGUACUCGGAGCUGGAGGGCAAGGCGGACGCCGGCAUCGUGCUCGACGGCCAGACUCUCCUGCACGCGCUGAAGAGCCCAGAGUGCCGCAAGGUCAUCUACGACUUGGGAAUGGUAAGUCGUUCGUGCAUCUGUGCGCGCCUGAGCCCCCAGCAGAAGCUGCAGCUCGUCCAGCUGGUGCGCGAGCAGGAUCCGAAGACCAUCACGCUCUCGGUCGGCGACGGCGCGAACGACGUCCCGAUGAUCUACGGCGCGCACGUCGGCGUCGCGAUCCGCGGAAAGGAGGGCACGCAGGCAGUGCAGGCGUCCGACAUCGCCAUCUCGCAGUUCCGCUUCCUGAUGCCGCUGCUGCAGUGCCACGGGCGCCGUGCAUACAGACGGGUAGCGCUGUUCCUGAGCUUCUUCCUGUACAAGAACAUCACGCUCAUCAUGCUGGACAUCGUGUGGAUGUUCCAGUACCAUUUCAAGGGCAUGGUCGCCGUGCCCGAGUGGCUGUCCAUCAACUUCAACCCCGUGUUCACCUCGCUGCACAUGCUUCUGGUGCUCGGCCUCGACAGGGACAUCUCCGACGAGGCGGCCAACAAGAACCCGAACUUGUACAAGGUCGGGCCUGCCCGCGCUCUCUUCAAUGUGAAGACGUUUUCGGUCUGGGUGGUUCUGGCUUGCUACCACGGCAUCGUCUGCUGGUGUAUCCCUUAUUACCUCAUCGAUCCCAAUAUCGACGACUGCCCGGUCGACUCCGACGGAAACGCCAUCACAACCGGCAGCUCCGAGUGUCUGACAAAGGAGGUGCGCUCUGACUUUUGGGUUUCUUCCGUCACCUCUUUCUCGUGCGUCGUCUUCGUGGUCUGCCUCAAGCUGAUGCUCGUCGCUCAGAACCCGCUGGGCCUGCACACGUGGCUCCCCACGCUGAUCACGUUCGUCAUGUUCUUCAUCGCCAUCUUCUGCUUCAGCUACGUGUGGUUCGGCCCCACGCUGCAGCCCAACAUGAAGGGCAUGUUCGGCGAGAUGCUCGGGGACAACAUGGUGUACAUGUCGGUCCUGGCGGUCGUCGUGGUCGCGCUGACCCCCGACGCGGUCAUGGUCGCCUCUCAGAAGCUCUUCUUCCCCACCGAGCUGGACAAGGCUCGCCGCAGGUCGAAGCAGGGGGGCGCCCCCGAGCAGUGAGAGCCGGGCCGCGGCGCGGCCUGCGGCACACGCCCGGCGGCUCUCCGCGCCACGCGCGGGCCCCGAGCUUCCCCUCCGCGUCCAGCACGGCGGAGGUUUCGCCGCCAGUCUUCUCCUGCCGUCACCCGCCGCCCUGGAGGGGCAGCCGACCGCCAGAGUUUUCUCCCGCCCCAGCGGGGCGAGUGGACCUCUCUUGGUGAGCGCUCCGCGGGGACGACAGGCCGUCGCGUUGGAAGCGGGCUUGGGCGUGCGCCCCGCGUCGCCUUUUUCCCUGAGUCCGAGCGGAGGAGGAGGAAGGAGGAAAGGAGGAGGAGCGGAGCUGAUCCAAAGAUGGCUCGUUCCAGCUGGUAGCUUUCUUGCCCAUCGCUGGCCGCGGCCCGCUUUUGCGGGCCAGGCCCAGGGAGAGCUCGACCCCGUUUCUGUCGUGCCAGGCGGCAGCGUCGUGCCGCCGCGCGGCGCUCCUCCAGCCCUCCUCCGUCCUCCAUCCCUCCUCGUCCAUCCUCCUCGUGCUCAUUUCUUCCCAUCUUCCUUCUCCCGCCUGGCAUCCGGCUGGAUGUAGCAUCUGCAGCGCCACCCGUUGGCGAUUUUCCAACCUGAGUGGGCACCGAUUCGCCAACAGGCGGCCGCCAACGUGUCGCUCUGCAGUGCUCGCGCAAUGCGUACUAUUCCUUAUUGUUGCGAUCGCGCCAUAUGUCUUCACCAUGCGGUGCGGUAGGUAGCAGCUGUGUGUAUAUACGAGUUCCCGAGGAUGAUUCAGGGUCGCCCCUGUGCCAGGAGUAAAUGGCCACUGUAUGCGGC